UCUUGGCCAAGCUAGCAAGGAAAAACUGUGCGUUUUCUGCGUGAGGGAAUAAUCGCAGGAAAAUGUUGGGCUCCCGAGCGUUGUUGGUUGGACGAUUGCUACAGCGCGGCAUCGUCGGGAAAGCUGCCAACUCGACCGCCUUGCGCAACCAGAUCGUUCGCCAUGGACACGACUGGUCCUAUCGAGUGAACGGUCCGAAACCGGAGCUACUAGCUCGGGUCGGUGCACAGGCUGCCGGAGGAUUCAUGUGGUGGUGGGUCCUGUGGCAUCUUUUCCACGAGUACGAACACAUCACGGGCGAGUUCGAUUAUCCUGAUCCGUCGCAGUGGACCAAUUCCGAGCUGGGCAUCCCGGAGGAUUUGGAGGAGUAAGCUUACUGCCAGCAAAUCCGUGCUCUAACCUGUGCUUUAGACCUUUUAAGAGAAUCGGUUGUAAAUAAAACAGCGGCGACUGUAGGAAA